AUGGUAGAUCUGCUCAAGCAUGCGAUUCAGAUUUGGUUUUCGAGAGAACGUGACAUCUUCAUACAUCGACGUGGUGCAGAAGCUGAAGCCUCUAGUAUCCAUUUGCGGUAUCCGCUAUCGCGCAUACAACUUCUUCCGCGGUUGCAGUACUUGAGUCGACUGAAGAUUAGACUAUUGUCGCGAGCAGACGAACUGCCUACGUUGCAACUGCCUCCACCUCUACUAGCUUAUGUGUUAGAUCCAAAAUUCUUGAUUCCAAAUAUUCGAGAGCGCCUUCAAGUGCUAGAAGACCGGAAAGAAAAGCUCGGGUUGACACAACAAGCGAUGGCGAUGUAA